GUAAAAGCUGUCUCGCUCCUCCUGCAUCUGCUGUCUGCCUGCCUGACUGGUGUUCGUGAUCUCAUUGUUCUUUACAUCAUUCUUUCUUCUCUUUAAAAUUCAAUGAGCUCCAUUUUCACGUAGGGUACUCAUCAGGUGAAACAGAAGAGAACACUAAAAUGGAGUGGUCCACAGUUCAGCACCUAGAUCUGCGCCAUGUUGGUCGCGGCGAUAACAAACCCUUGCAGCCACAUGCCGCUGCGUUUCACCAUAAUCAGGCGCUCAUCGCCGUCGCUAUGGGAACCUACUUAAUUGAAUUUGAUACUUUAACUGGAAGCAAGAUUGCUUCAAUUGACAUUGGUUCACCUGCUGUUAGCAUGGCUUACAGUCCUACCAGCAGCCAUGCUGUUGUCGCGAUUCUUGAGGACUGUACAAUUAGGUCCUGCGAUUUUGACACUGAGCAAACUUUUGUGCUGCAUUCGCCUGAAAAGAAGUCGGAACAAAUUUCCAUUGAUACAGAAGUUCAUCUUGCAUUGACAGGUCUCCAACCGGUUGUAUUUUUUGGGUUCCACAGGAGGAUGAGUGUAACUGUUGUUGGAACUGUUGAAGGAGGAAGGGCUCCUACAAAAAUAAAGACAGACUUGAAGAAGCCAAUUGUUAAUCUAGCUUGCCAUCCCCGUCUACCUGUGCUGUAUGUAGCUUAUGCAGAUGGUUUGAUCCGAGCUUACAACAUUCAUACAUACGCCGUUCAUUACACACUACAACUUGAUAAUACAAUUAAACUUAUUGGUGCUGGUGCAUUUGCUUUUCACCCGACAUUGGAAUGGAUAUUUGUUGGUGAUAGGCGAGGUACACUUUUAGCAUGGGAUGUAUCAACAGAGAGACCUAUUAUGAUUGGAAUUACACAAGUGGGUUCCCAACCAAUAAUCUCAGUUGCUUGGCUUCCCUUGUUGCGUUUAGUUGUCACUCUUUCCAAGGAUGGUACUUUUCAAGUUUGGAAAACAAGAGUGAUGCUUAAUCCUAAUAGACCUCCUAUGCAAGCAAAUUUCUUUGAGCCUGCCUCAACUGAAUCAAUAGACAUCCCUCGAAUUCUAUCUCAGCAAGGUGGAGAAGCAGUUUAUCCCUUACCACGAGUUAAAGCCUUAGAAGUUCACCCAAAAUUGAAUUUAGCAGCUCUAUUGUUUGCAAAUUUGACAGGUGGUGACAAUAUUAAGAAUAGGGCUGCAUACACUAGGGAAGGAAGGAAACAGCUCUUUGCCGUCUUGCAAAGUGCAAGGGGAUCUUCAGCAUCUGUUCUAAAGGAAAAACUCUCAUCCAUGGGCUCAUCUGGAAUUUUAGCUGAUCAUCAACUUCAAGCACAAUUGCAAGAGCAUCAUCUGAAGGGGCACAAUCACUUGACGAUUGCAGAUAUUGCAAGGAAGGCAUUUCUUUACAGCCAUUUCAUGGAAGGUCAUGCCAAAAGUGCUCCAAUAUCUCGGCUGCCUCUCAUCACAAUGCUAGACACUAAACAUCGACAGAAAGACAUUCCUGUUUGUCAGCCAUUUCAUUUGGAGCUCAAUUUCUUCAAUAGAGAGAACCGGGUUCUUCAUUAUCCUGUCAGAGCCUUUUAUGUAGAUGGUGUAAAUAUUAUGGCAUAUAAUCUCUGUUCUGGAGUUGAUAGUAUCUACAAGAAACUUUACACUUCGAUUCCGAGCAAUGUGGAAUAUUAUCCAAAGUACAUGGUUUACAGUAAAAAACAGCAGCUGUUUCUUGUUGUUUAUGAAUUCAGUGGCACUACAAAUGAGGUUGUCCUCUAUCGGGAAAAUUUCGAUUCCCAGUUAGCUAACAGUAAAAGUAGCACUGUCAAAGGUCGAGAUGCAGCAUUUAUCGGGCCCAAUGAAAAUCAAUUUGCAAUUCUUGAUGAAGACAAAACUGGAUUGGCUUUAUACAUUCUUUUGGGGGUGGACUCACAAGAAGCUGAUGAAAAGAACCAGCCAGCAGAUUCAAAUGUUGGUUCAGUUCGCGGUCCAGUGCAGUUUAUGUUUGAAACUGAAGUUGAUCGCAUCUUUUCCACUCCAAUAGAGUCAACUUUGAUGUUUGCAUGUAACGGUAAUCAAAUUGGGAUGGCAAAGUUGAUUCAAGGAUACCGCCUUUCAACUUCAGAUGGUCAUUAUAUACCAACUAAAACUGAAGGGAAAAAGUAUAUCAAGUUGAAAGUUAAUGAAAUUGUGCUUCAGGUACAUUGGCAAGAGACUCAGAGAGGCUAUGUUGCAGGAAUUUUAACUACUCAAAGAGUACUUAUAGUUUCGGCUGAUCUUGACAUUUUGGCAAGCAGUUCCACAAAAUUUGAUAAAGGACUUCCAUCAUAUAGAUCCCUUUUGUGGGUUGGGCCAGCACUUCUGUUUUCUACCGCUACUGGAAUUAGUGUGCUAGGCUGGGAU